AUGGGAGAAGCAUCCGAGUUGGCUACUAUGAUGCAAGCCUUCAACGCAAUGAGGGAAGAGAUGAAGGAGAUGCGCCAAGACCUUGGAGAUAGGCUAACCAGAGUUGAGCAAAGACCCACGGCUCAAGCUACCCAAACUGCUGAGAGAUUUCCGAAUCGAAAUCAGCAGUACCAAGCUCCAAACAACAGGCGUACUGGAGUACACUUCAAUGAUGAUCCAGAGACUAGUACUCGGAAUCAACAGAAUGAAGAAGACACUGGACAACAACAUGGUCCUUAUCCGAGGGCAAGAGUUCAACAAGAUGACUAUGGAGAAGAGGCAGAGGAGGAAGAGGAUUACUUACCUCCACAUAGAGCUCCACGGAGACCCAUCCGCAACCAAGGCUAUGAGGAAGAUGACUAUGCACCUCAACAGAGAGGACAUCGCCAACAACACCACAACCAAGGAACGGAUCUUCUAAAGAUGACACCACCACAGUAUGCGGGAAAGGUUGACCCUGAGGCUUACCUUGAUUGGGAAAAGAGGAUGAAUCACAUCUUUGCUUACUACAACCAUCCUGUACAAGCCGAGCAACAUAUCAAGAAGAAGAGCACCAGAGGCAGGUCUCAAUCAAACUGGAACUCCAACAACAACAACAACUACAACAAGCCAGUAGACAAGGGGAAAGGGAUCGAGGGAGAUACUCGUUCCAAGUCUCAAUCUGUGGAUACCAGCAAAGACACCAGGACGGAUCCAACUAAGACUACUACUCCUCAACGUGCCAGAGACAUCACUUGUUUCAACUCCUUGGUCUCCUCCGGAUUCAUUCUGUAUGCUGGUUUGUUUGGCAAAGCUGAGCCUGGCACGAGAUCAAUCUGGUGCUCAAUCCCUCUGAUUGGAGGUAAUCCAGCUGGGAUCUCUUCAGGGAACAAGUCUUGA